CACGUGGGCUUAUGCCUUGCUUUAGUUCCACACUCCCACAACCAUUCAGACAAACAAAGAUCGAUCGCUUGUUGCUGAAGAAGAAGAAGAUGAUUGGAGGCACCCUAACCUCUUCUUCUUCGUCCUCAACCAAACUCAUCAUCGAUGAUUCCCCUACAUGGAUUCUCCGUCGUGGUGGAGCUGGCGCUGAGAUUUUCCCUUGUGUUGUUGUUCCCAGGAAAACGUUUUUGCGUCUAGAUUCUUCUGUUCACAGCAAGAUUCUUAAGCCGAUGAUUCCUCUUCGUGUAUCUUCGUCAGAGGAGGUAAAUACAGAAGAAGAUGCUGAAACUGAAGCUGUAGAGAAAUCCCCUGGAAGAACUGUGCGUGUAAGGUUCCAGCUGCGGAAAGAGUGUGUCUUUGGAGAACAUUUCUUCAUCCUUGGUGAACAUCCCGUCUUUGGCGGCGGUCUUUGGGAUCCUGAAAAUGCCUUGCCUCUGAACUGGUCUGAUGGCCAUGUUUGGACCUUAGAUCUGGAUCUUCCUGCUGGAAGAUUGGUUGAAUUCAAGUUCAUUCUCAAGGCAGAGACAGGGGAGAUCUUGUGGCAACCAGGUCCCAACCGUGCUAUUAAAACCUGGGAAACUAACAAGACUAUCAGGAUAUGUGAGGACUGGGAUAAUGCUGAUCUCCAAAUGAUGAGGGAGGAAGACUUUGUGCCACUCCUCAAUCAAGAGCAAAAGCAGUCUUCUUUUAUCUUGGAUGAUAUGCCCUUAGUUUCCGAAAAUAUCACACAUCCAGAGCAAAGCGUGACGCUUCUCACCAAUGCUUCAUCAAACGGUGCAGGAGAGGAGGUCCAAGUGCUUGGUACUGUACAUCAGAUCUCUUCAGUUGUAGCUGUAGAUGAUGAACCUGAGGAAACCUCAAGUGGAGCUCUGACUGCUUGUCAGGAUGAAAAUGUGACCACUGAAGAAGCAGCCAUGUUUACUGAGGAAGAAAGUCCAGUUUUGGUACCCGGGUUGUUUCCUCUGACCGACUUGGAUAACGAAGAAGUCAGUGGAACCAUCACUCAGGUGUCAGUGGAAGUUAUUAACGAAGGUAAAGCCGAAACGUUCCCAGAGGUAGAUAAGAAGCAAGAAAUCAAAGAAGAAAGGAACGAUAUAGGGAAAGUAAAAGCGGUUUCAUUAUUUGAGAAUUCAGAGCAAGAAGCAGUGAAAGGUGUAGAGAAGACGCAUUACAACAAUGCAGCAGAGGAAGAGAUACAGCCAGAGGCAGAGGCGUUGCUUGGAACGCCGCAUGUCCUUUUAGAGAAAGACAUCCAAUGGGGACGCAGAAAGAUUUACAAGCUUCUUAGCAACUUCGGGCUUUUUUAAACUCUGCUACAGUUACUACAUUUUAAUUGGCAAAAGAGCAUCAACAAGAUGAUUCUCUCGUAGUUUCAACUGUCUUAGAAAAGUAGGCUACCUUCUCCUCUGUUUCAACUUUGCAUUUGUUUCUAUGAGAACUGAGAAGCUUGUGUUUGUAUAUAUCUGUAUGAUCAAUUCAAACGGUUUUAGUAAAGUGAGAGAUAAUAAGAGAAUGGAGAAUGUUAUUUGUUAAGUA